AUGCUGGCCAUCGCGCCGAUGGGAGAGUCUUCGUCGUCGACGCCGGCGGCGGAGGCCGCCGCACCGAACCGUCGGGAUCCCACGCCGGAUCACCCACCGUAUUCAUGGAUGAUCGGCGAGGCGAUCGCGGAGCUGGGCGAGGGCGGCGGCUCGGCGGAGGCCGCCAUCUCGGAGUUCAUCCGCGCCAGGCACCCCGGUGUCCCCGCCGCGCACGACCGGUUCCUCCGCCACUACCUCGCCAAGCACGUCGCCGAGGGCCUCUUCGUGCGCGCCGCGACCGGGCGGUACUCGCUCCCCCUCGACGACGACGACGACGAGCCCGAGACCGUGCUCGAGCUCGAGCUCGCGGAUGCGCCGCCACCGGCGACUGAGCCCAAGCGCGGACGGGGACGGCCGCGGAGGGAUGGCUCGGCGCCGACGCCGACGCCGAAGCCGACGCCGAAGCCGGCGGCUGGCAACGAGGGAAGGAGCCAGUCGCCGUCCGCGGCGCCCAAGCGCCGGGGCCGGCCUCCGAAGGGUCGCCCGCAGGCGCCGGCGGUGGCUGCGCCGAGUGCUGGGUCUCCGGCCACAGAGGGCAAGCGCGGGCCUGGUCGACCCCGGAAGGAUGGCUCGACGCCGGCUGCCCGCAAGAAAGGGCGGAGCAAGUUGCCAUCCGCGACGACCAAGCGCGGCCGUGGACGCCCUCGCGUGCUGCCGCAGACCGCCACGGACAUGAAAGACAGCGUUGCUGGUCCAUCCACCACUGACAACAAUGAUGGGCAACAGCGGGAGCUGGCACUUGCGGUGGCCAACGACGGCUCUACCGCGCCGUCAGUCACGGGGGAGGAUGACAGCGGUAAGGCUCCUGUGCCGGAGCGCAGCACCCAGCCUUGCGAACUGGCGCUCGUGGAAGGUUCUGCUCUGACGCUAGCCGCCGACAAGGAGGAUGGUACCCAAGCUCCAUUACAAGGCUCUGUUCCGGCUCUGGUCGCUGACAAGGAGGAUGGUAUCCAAACUCCAUCAGAAGGCUCUGCUCUACCACUAGUCGCUGACAAGGAGGAUGGUACCCAAGCUCCAUCGGAAGGCUCUGCUCCAGCGCUAGUUGCUGACAAGGAGGAUAUCACCCAACCUCCAUUGGAAGGCUCUGCUUCGCUGCUUGUCGCUAACAACGAGCAUGGUACCCAAGCUCCAUUUGAGGGCUCAGAUCCGCUGCUGGUCGCUGACAAGGAGGAUGGCACCCAAGCUCCAUCAGACGGCCCUGCUCCACCACUAGUCGCUGACAAGGAGGAUGGUACCCAAACUCCAUUGAAAGGCUCUGCUCCGCUGCUAGUCGCCGACAAGGAUGACUUUACCGAACCUCUGUUCACGAAGCACAAGCGCGGUCGCCGGACUUGCAGGUCAGCGCCGGCGAAAGCCACUCACUCCCCUGCCUGGACAUCAAUUGCAGAAAACAUGGCCGGUAGCAAGGCUCUAUCUGCUCCGCCCAAGGGCAAUGACCGGCAGUGCAAACCCGCAUCUGUGCAGAUCAAGCCUCGGAAAAUGCUUUUGCUGAAUGCUGACCGACCAGUGCCGAUCAAGACUAGGAAAAUGCUUUUGCUAAAUGUUGACGAACCAGUGCCGAUCAAGCCUCAGAAAAUGCUUUUGCUGAAUGCUGACGAGGUACCAGAUCACCCGGGGUUCUGUGUGCUCGCAUUGCCUGCCCCGGUGCCGACUGCAACAAAAGCGUAGAAGCUCUGAAACUGGGCAUGGCAGCUCAUGAAGCCUCACAUAGGCUCAUCAUAGUUCGAAGAUAGCUUGUGUGUACGAAAGUUUAGGGGCUGUUCGAAUGGAGGAUAGUUAUUUUGGCAGCUUCAGUUUAUUCAAUUCUGAACUAAAUACCAGCCUCUAUCCACAAAGGGCUAAAUCUAAGACUGAAUGCAUAUGAAUCUCGUCAGAUAAUGUGGAAAAACAAUUUUUGCGGAUUUCUCAGUUGUAACUUGCUGAAACUCUCGUCUGCCUGAAUUUUUAUAAGUGUAGUAGAAUUACAGUGCCUUACAUUUGGGCCCACAAUUGAGA